GUUACGUGAAACGAAAUCAUUGAAGGUUACGUCUUUGCAGAGCAAAGGCGGUCCAAAAAUAAUUCAAAAGAAAAUAACCUUUUAAAAGGUUUUUCGUCUAUAAAGUUAAAAUGUCUCUUAUUAGCAGAAAUGUUUUCCGUGCCCUUGUUCAGGGAUCUCAACAUGUUGGUAAAGGUGUCCACACAAGUUCGGUAAACUGUGAGAAAAAUGUACGUUUUGCACCAUUCGGCGCCAUGCAACCUAAUGCCACAAAGGAGGGUCGUAUCAAGUGCACCCUCAUCCCUGGAGAUGGUGUCGGCCCUGAGUUAGUUUACUCGGUACAAGAAGUAUUCAAGGCGGCCAGCAUCCCAGUGGACUUCGAAUCAUUUUUCUUCUCUGAAGUGAACCCGACGCUCAGCGCGCCGCUGGAGGAUGUUGUCAACUCCAUCGCCAGAAACAAGAUCUGCAUUAAGGGUAUCCUCGCCACGCCUGACUUCUCCCACACCGGCGAGCUUCAGACCCUGAACAUGAAGCUGCGUAACGCUCUGGACUUGUACGCGAAUGUGGUGCAUGUGAAGUCGCUGCCUAAUGUGAAGUGCCGCCACCACGACGUGGACUGCAUCAUCAUCAGAGAGCAGACCGAAGGAGAGUACUCCGCGUUGGAGCACGAGUCUGUGCCUGGUGUGGUGGAGUGCUUAAAAAUCAUCACGGCAGCUAAGUCUGAGCGUAUCGCGAAGUUCGCGUUCGACUAUGCCGUAAAGAUGGGCCGUAAGAAGGUCACUGCCGUGCACAAGGCCAACAUCAUGAAGCUGGGUGAUGGUCUGUUCUUGCGAAGCUGUGAGGAGAUGGCCAAACUUUACCCGCGCAUCCAGUUCGAGAAGAUGAUUGUCGACAACUGCACGAUGCAGAUGGUGUCGAACCCGAACCAGUUCGACGUGAUGGUGACGCCGAACUUGUACGGUAACAUCGUGGACAACCUCGCCAGCGGGCUGGUGGGCGGCGCGGGCGUCGUCGCGGGCGCUUCGUAUAGUGCCGAGUGCGCUGUGUUCGAACAGGGUGCUCGUCACAUUUUCUCUGGCGCCGUGGGCAAGAACAUCGCUAACCCGACCGCCAUGCUGCUCUGCUCGGCCAACCUGCUGGCCCACGUCAACCUUCACUCUUACUCGAAGAUGAUCAAGAACGCUAUCAAUAAGGUCUUGUCAGACGGUAGAGUGAGGACGAAGGACCUUGGCGGCCAGUCCACCACCAAAGACUUCACCCAUGCAGUCAUCAGCAGCCUCGUUUAGACAAGCCCACCGCGCCUAUUAUAAGAUUUAUUUAUAAAUUAUUUUAAAAUCGUGAUCUGCAAAUCAUAGGACAAUUGUAACACUCAGUAUUUAUUUUAUGUAGUUACCAGUGUAAACUGUAAAUACACAAUAAAACAAUUUAAUUGUU